UGCCCAUCGCCUAAAUCAAUCCAUUUCCUCCCUAAAUCAACUCCACCACGACAACGAACGACGCCGUUCAACCCACUCGGCGCCGCCAUCUUCAGCAGGCCAUUGAAUUGCUUGUUUGCGUAAUUGAUUGCUUGCCUCAGCCUCUGGUUAUCGCGAUUACAUUUUUGCUCGCCGUCAUUGAUUUUCACUGGGAACUCUGGUCAGAUUGGAUUCUGUCGAUCAGUGGAACUUUGACUAUUUAUAACUGCACGCAUCCAACUAGUUAAUAAUGGUUUCUAUAUGGAACUCUGACUACGUAUAUGUUGAGCCAAAUAAACUAUGAACAUGCAAACGCACCAUUCUGGGCAGUUCCCAGGGCAGGUACCGAACCAAGCUGGUACCAUGUUGCCUGGGCUGCCACAACAAAAUGGCAAUCCUAUGCCCAACCAGAUUCAAAAUCAGAGUAUGAUCCGCGGUAUUCAGAAUACAGAUCCUGAAUAUGUGAAAAUACGCAGACAUAUGCAAGAAAAGAUAUGGGAAUUUCUUAUGCAGCGGCGUCAACAGUCUCAUGAGGUUUCCCGUAAGAAGAUGAUCGAUUUAGUUAAACGCUUAGAAGAGGCUUUGUUUAAGAGUGCCACGACAACGGAUGAGUACUUGAACCUAGCAACUUUGGAAAGCCGUCUCCAUAUUCUGAUCAAACGACUGCCUAUGAGUAAUCACAGCCAGCAGUUCUCUCAUACUAAUUCGUCUCCUUCUAUUGGUACAAUGAUUCCAACUCCUGGAUUGCAACAAAGUGGAAGUUCUAACAUAAAGGGGACUCAGUCUGUAGAUAGCUCACCUAUGGUUAACAGUAACUCCAAUGCGGUUGGACCAAACGGUGUCAAUUCUGGGAACUACAUGAUGCAUGGAAAUGGGUCUUCUAGCCAUGUUCGUGGUGGUACUUUUAGUUCAUCUGAUGGAGCUCUGUCUGGUGGAUAUCAACAGUCAUCUUCUGCUUUCUCUGUCAAUUCUGGGGGAAAUAGCAUGGUGACAUCCAUGGGUUCUCAGAGGAUGGCCAGUCAAAUGAUGCCUACUCCUGGAUUCAAUAACUCCAACACGAGUGAAGUGAAUAGCAAUGCUAAUAACCAGUCGUUCAUGAAUAUGGAGUCAUCCAAUAAUGUUGGUACAUUUCAAGCUGGUGAAUCUUCUAUGCUAUCACAGCCUAUGCAGCAAAAGCAGCGCAGUAUUGGUCAAAACAGUCGUAUCCUACAUAAUAUUGGCGGCCACAUGGGUGGUGGAAUCAGAUCUACACUGCAGCAGAAGUCUUAUGGAUUAUCAAAUGGGCCCUUAAAUGGAGGGCUGGGCAUGAUGGGUAACAAUAUGUCCAUGAUGAAUGGUCCUGGAACAACGGAGGGCUACUUAUCAGGUACAGUGUAUGGAAACUCCAACAAGCCCAUGCAUCAAAAUUUUGACCAACAGCAGCAACCAGCAAUGCAGGGUGAUGGAUAUGGAAUUAGUGCUUCUGAGGCCUCAGGGUCAGGAAACUUGUAUUCAUCAGUUGGAUCAAUGAUAAGUAAUCAGAGCUUGAAUGGUGUGUCCAUCCAGUCAAUGCCAACGACAAACUCUCCUAUGAUGAUUAAUAGUCAGUCGCAUGUACACUCUGUGCAACAACCGACGACAACAGUGUCUCAGCCAAUUGAUCAAUCGGAGAAAAUGAAUUUUCAGCCUCAGUAUUCAAUUAGAGAAAAUCUUGGGCAACCUCAUCAACAUCAACAAUUACAGCAGCAGUCUCAUCAAUUUCAGCGCCAGCACCUUGUCCAGAAUCAGGUCCAACAAAGGCUAACUCAGAACCAGCUUGCGGUAAAGAAUGAACCUUUUACUCAAUCUCACCUUUCGACAAAUACAGUUUCCGAGGCAAAGCCAGGGCAUGGGUCAGAGAAACGUGAUGGAAGUAUGCAAUCACAAGGCUCUGACCCCUUCAGUUUCUCUGAUAUACACAAUCAAUUCCAACAUAACUCUAUGGAAGACCGAUCUAGAGGUCAGAUGCUGUCCAACCAAUCUGGUCCACAGGAUAUGACUUCGUCACUCAGUCAAUCUUCUGAUCAGAUGCAACAGUUUUUGCUUCCACAACAGAUUUCUAACUCAGAAAGUGAUUUUGGUGGUCCUCCUGGUGGAGUUCAACCUGAUGCAGCCUUGCAUGGUCAGUGGUAUUCCAAUUCUCAAGAUGUGUCUCAUGUAUCUGGAAGACUCUCACAGGACCAAGAUGUGCAAGAUGAAUUCCAGCAUAGAUUAGUAGGCCAAGAUGUAGCUCAACUAAAUAAUUUAUCAUCUGAAGAAUCAAUAAUUGGUCAAUCGGAUGCUUUUCGAUCAGCUGAACCUCCCAGCGCGAGCAACGGUACACGCCGAUCUAAUAACCUUAAUCGUGAACGACAGUUCAAGAACCAACAGCGGUGGCUCUUGUUUUUGCGGCAUGCUCGUCGAUGUCCUGCUCCAGAAGGCAAAUGCCAAGAGUCUAACUGCUUGACAGUUCAAAAGUUAUUAAAACAUAUGGAACAUUGCAAUGUAUUUCAGUGUCCGUAUCCACGUUGUUGUGCUACUAGAGUUUUACUCAAUCAUCAUAGACGCUGUCGUGAUGUAAGCUGUCCUGUCUGUGUUCCUGUGAAGAGUUAUGUGCAACAGGCGCAAAUGAAGGCACUUGCUCGUGCUGAGAUCAAUUCUCGGCAGGCUAACUCUGUUAAUGGUUCCAGUAAAUCAUGCGAUGCUGCUGAAAUUGGUGGAAUGUCAAUGCCUAAGAUGAGCCCUGUGAUGCAUGAAACUCCCGAAGACAUACAUCCUUCCAUUAAACGCAUGAAAUUUGAACAAGUCCCGCAGCCUGUAGUCUCUGAAACUGGAACUCCCGCGGCACUGUCUUUUGCAGUAAAUGAAUCUCCCAUUCAGGACGCACAGCAUCCUGAACAGUAUCAUGAUCCUCACAUUCCUAUGGAGCAUGAAAGUACUCAAGUAAAAGUGGAAAUUCCUGGAAGUCUUGGACAGUUGAGUUCCAAGAACAUCGAAAUGAAAGGGGAUAACUCAGACGAUAAGUAUGUCCAAAAGACCCCAAAACCUGAAGGGGAUACUAUUGCCUCGAAAAAUCCUGUUGGAUAUGGUACACAUGAGAUUGUUAAGAGUGAAAAGGAGAUGGGACUACCUAAGAUAGAAAAUCCACCGUUACCUUCUGAGAGUACAUCCAAGUCAGGGAAGCCAAAAAUCAAGGGAGUAUCAUUGACAGAGUUGUUCACUCCUGAGCAAGUCCGGCAGCAUAUUGCAGGUCUUAGACGUUGGGUUGGCCAGAGCAAAGCAAAAGCAGAAAAGAACCAGGCAAUGGAGCAUUCAAUGAGUGAAAAUUCUUGCCAGUUGUGCGCAGUUGAGAAGCUUGCCUUUGAACCACCCCCUAUAUAUUGUACACCCUGUGGUGCCCGCGUCAAAAGGAAUCAUAUGUAUUAUACAGUUGGAGCUGGUGAUACUCGUCAUUUCUUUUGCAUUUCAUGCUAUAAUGAGACCCGUGGGGACACAAUAAUGGCUGAUGGAACUCCUAUUCCAAAAGCAAGGAUGGAGAAAAAGAAAAAUGAUGAGGAAACUGAAGAAUGGUGGGUUCAAUGUGACAAGUGUGAGGCUUGGCAGCACCAGAUCUGUGCAUUAUUCAAUGGUAAAAGAAAUGAUGGCGGGCAAGCUGACUAUACUUGUCCAAAUUGUUAUGUGGAAGAAGUUGAAAGAGGAGAACGUGUGCCAUUACCACAGAGUGCUGUUCUAGGAGCAAAAGAUUUGCCUAGAACAAUUUUGAGUGAUCACAUGGAGCAGCGAUUGUUUGCAAAGCUGAAGCAAGAAAGGCAGGAUAGAGCAAGGGCUCAAGGAAAAAGUUAUGAUGAGGUCCCAGGAGCAGAAUCACUUGUUGUUAGAGUGGUGUCAUCAGUGGACAAGAAGUUGGAAGUUAAACCAAGAUUUCUUGAAAUUUUUCAGGAGGAAAAUUAUCCAAUGGAGUACCCGUAUAAGUCUAAGGUUAUAUUAUUAUUUCAAAUGAUAGAAGGUGUUGAAGUAUGCCUGUUUGGCAUGUAUGUUCAAGAAUUUGGAUCAGAGUGUCAACAACCCAAUCACCGCCGGGUCUACCUUUCUUACUUGGACUCUGUUAAGUAUUUCAGGCCAGAUGUCAAGGCAGUGAGUGGAGAGGCUCUUCGAACAUAUGUGUACCAUGAAAUUCUGAUUGGAUACUUGGAUUAUUGUAAGAAGCGUGGUUUCACUAGCUGCUAUAUUUGGGCUUGCCCCCCUUUAAAGGGAGAAGACUACAUUUUGUAUUGCCAUCCAGAAAUUCAGAAGACUCCAAAAUCUGAUAAACUUCGGGAGUGGUAUCUGGCCAUGUUGAGGAAAGCUGCAAAGGAAAAUAUUGUUGUCGAACUUACUAAUCUGUAUGAUCAUUUCUUUGUCACCACUGCUGAAUGUAGAGCAAAGGUAACUGCAGCUAGGUUGCCAUACUUCGAUGGGGAUUAUUGGCCUGGUGCUGCAGAGGACAUCAUAUUCCAAUUGCAACAAGAUGAGGAUGGGAGAAAACAGCAUAAAAGGGGUCCUUUAAAAAAGACCAUUACCAAAAGAUCUCUCAAAGCAUCUGGCCAAACAGAUCUAUCUGGCAAUGCAUCGAAGGAUUUGAUGUUAAUGCAUAAACUGGGCGAGACAAUACUUACAAUGAAGGAAGAUUUUAUCAUGGUUCACUUGCAGCCCUCAUGCUCACAUUGCUGCAUUCUGAUGUACUCGGGAAAAAGUUGGGCUUGCAGACAGUGCAAGAAUUUUCAGCUUUGUGACAGGUGCUAUGAUGUGGAAAGAAAGCGUGACGACAGAGAGAGACACCCUAUCAAUCAGAAGGACAAGCAUUCACUAUAUCCUGUGGAAAUCAACGGUGUUCCAGAUGAUACUAAAGACAAAGAUGAGAUUCUUGAGAGUGAAUUCUUUGACACCAGACAGGCUUUCCUUAGUCUUUGUCAAGGAAACCAUUAUCAGUAUGAUACCCUUCGCCGAGCUAAGCAUUCGUCGAUGAUGGUCCUCUAUCACCUCCAUAAUCCGACUGCUCCAGCUUUUGUGACUACAUGUAAUGUAUGUAACCUUGACAUUGAAACUGGGCAAGGUUGGCGCUGCGAGACAUGCCCCGAAUAUGAUGUAUGCAAUGCGUGUUACUCGAAGGAUGGGGGAGUCAAUCAUCCUCACGUAUUGACAAAUCAUCCGUCUAAUGACCGUGAUGCACAGAACAAAGAGGCCCGCCAGAUGAGAGUGACACAGUUGAGAAAAAUGCUCGAGCUCUUGGUGCACGCCUCUCAAUGCCGUACGCUACACUGCCAAUAUCCAAACUGUCGCAAGGUGAAGGGGCUCUUCCGACACGGUAUGAGCUGCAAGAUACGUGCUUCUGGAGGUUGUGUUCUAUGCAAGAAAAUGUGGUAUCUCCUUCAGCUUCACUCACGGGCAUGCAAAGAAUCAAAAUGCAGUGUGCCCCGUUGCAGAGACUUGAAUGAGCACAUGAGAAGGUUGCAGCAGCAGUCCGAUUCUCGACGAAGGGCUGCUGUGAAUGAAAUGAUGAGGCAACGGGCCACAGAGGUCGGUGGCAGUUCUUGAUGUCCAACAAUGUACAUAUAUUGGCAGCAUUUCAAAUGGGAUAAAAGCUCUUCCAUAGAGGUAAUUUGAUGUUGAUAUAACUAUUUUAUUCGACUUUAAAAGAAGAAGACGAAAUCUGUGUUUCUCACCGCAUGACCAGCCUGCGUUCUCCGAUGACAACGAAGCUCAAUAUUUUUUGUUCAUAACUUGUCCUGGUAAGGUUGCUAGGAAGUUUGUAAGUUAGGAGAGUUGAUAAGUUAUUCAUUGAUUUUGUUGUACUUUCAUCUGUUUUGCUAUCAUCAUUUGAUGGCCGAGUGUAACAUAGCUGUUUUGUUAUGUAUAAGAUUCAAACUUGCAAAGAAACAAGAGAAAUUCUCAGUUUUUCACCAUUAGUGUAUUAUAUACUAGUAUAUAUGUAUAUUGAUUUCUUCACCAUCCUCCA